AUGGAGUACACCAAUGAAGAGGGAAAAAUAAGAUGCCCAUGUAAUACUUGUUUGAAUCAUCUGUAUCAGCCACUACGCUUAGUAGAGAUACACCUAAUAAAAUAUGGGAUACAACAGUCAUACAAAGUGUGGGAUUACCAUGGUGAGCAAUAUGAACAUCCACUAAUAGAGCAUGAAGUUUUAUCUGAUAGUGAUGCCCAAGAUGAAAUGAUAGAUGUUUUGGCUGAUUUGACUGGACCAGUAGAGAUAGGAGAAUCCAGUGAGCCUGUUCGACAUCAAGGUUUCCAAACUGAAAAUUUUGAUGAUAUGUUGAAGGAGAUUGAGAAAGAAUUGUAUCCCGAAUGUGCAAAGAGAAAGUUAAGUGAACUAGGAUUGGGGUACGAGUCAAUCCAUGUCUGUGAACAUGAUUAUGUUCUUUAUUGGAAAGAGAAUGCUGAGCUUCUGAAUUGUCCUAUAUGUGGCGUGAGUAGAUGGGUUGACAAAAAUACGAAAGGUAAAAAAAUAUCAAAAAAAGUAAUGCGAUACUUUCCCCUAACUCCGAGAUUAAAGGGUUCGUAUAGUUCUAGGCACACUGCAAGAGAUAUGAGAUGGCAUGAUGCUGAACGGCUAAAAGAUGAUGGUGUUUUAAGGCACCCCGCGGAUGGUUCUGCUUGGAAGAUGUUUGAUGAGAAAUUUCCAACAUUUGCCAUUGAUCCUAGAAAUGUGCGCCUUGGUUUGGCAACAGAUGGUUUUAAUCCAUUUGGUAGCAUGAGCAUGACUUACAGCAUGUGGCCUGUUAUGGUUGUUCCAUAUAACAUGUCACCUUGGAAGUGUAUGAAGUCUGAAAACAUAAUGUUGUCUUUAUUAAUUCCUGGACCAACAUCACCUAGAAAAGACAUGGAUGUUUUCCUUCAACCACUAAUUGAAGAGUUAAAAAAAUUAUGGGAAGGCGUGAAUACUCGAGAUGCAGUGACUAAUGAUAAUUUCUUAAUGCGUGCAGCGGUUUUAUGGACCAUUAAUGAUUAUCCUGCAUAUGCUUUAAUGUCUGGAUGGAGUACAAAAGGGUAUAAAGCAUGUCCAACUUGUAACGAAGACACUCCUUCAAAAGGCAUAAGGAGUAAGAUAGCUUACAUUGGACAUAGACGUUUUCUUCCUUUAAAUGAUCCAAUGAGGCGAAGCAAACAAUUUGAUGGUAAGGUGGAACCAAGAUCUCCUCCUAGAGAAUUAACUGCUGAAGAUAUAUUAGCUCAAUUAGAACAUGUGCAUGUUGGUCUUCCAGGAAAGCAUAAGCAAUAUGGAGGUAUAAAGCGCAAACGUUCAGUUAUCGAGCUUAACUGGUCGAAAAAAGCAUAUUUUUCCAUCUUGAAUGCUGGAAACACUUACCACUUCGACAUAACUUGGAUGUAA